AUGGCAUCGAGUUCAGUGACGACGAUCACGGCUGGCCAGCCAUUAGGAUAUAAGGCUCUCGGAUCAACGCCGUCUUCGACUCUCGGUUCCUCACCAUCUCUCAGUUCCUCACCAUCUCUCAGUUCCUCACCACCGACUCUCAGUCCUUCACCAUCGACUUCGUCAACAUCAAGCACAUCGGAUAACCUCGACUUUCACACCAUGGAUUUCACCAAGGUAGUACAGAGCUGCAACAAAUUCUGUUUCCAGGAAAGACAUGCCACGUUGUUCCGGUUCUUCGUUUUAGACCACAAGAUCCCUGUGGGAUACAUGCUUCCCAACUUCAUCACUCAGAUGACCUGGAAUGUCCCCGGGUUCGAAGUCGACCAGAACAGGAAGACGGUGCUCUUGAAUCCAGACACGGAGCCCGGAGAGACCAUCCAUCAAGCUUGUGAAAACGCCUUCAUGGCUCUCUGCAGAGCAAACGUCGGCAGCAUCGACGGUCUCCGCGCCUGGUUGAGCCAGCACGACGAGAAUGGCUCGCCGCAAUAUCACCCGAUCCUCGGAGUUAGGCCCGAUCUUGCCUGGCUAAAGGUCCCUUCGCCCAUCCGCGGGGUGCUUGGAAUCGUCACUUCGGGAGCCCAUAUGACCAUGUACACCUUCAAGGGGGACGACCGCAUUCCGCACAUCUGGGUCGCCAAGAGGUCGCCACGCGUCACUUACGCCGGCAUGUACGAUCAGCUUGCUGCGGGUGCUUUGGGACCCGGCGAUGGCGGCAACCAGCUUAAAGCCAUGGCCAGGGAAGCUUUAGAAGAAGCCGGUUUGACGGUCGACAUGGUGACCUGCCGAGUCACAACCGAGCAAGGCGAACGCGUGGGCUAUCUUUCUGCUGGUUCUCUGAUUUCGUUUUACGAUGAGAAGGACCAAGUCGCUGGCGCCGAAAGCGGACAGCUAGAGCCGGGCAUUCGCUUCACAUUUGAACUCUGCGUGUCUGAGUCGUUUGUGCCAAAGCCAUGUGACGCCCAUGCCAUCGAGUGCUUCCGUCUUCUUUCACUCGAUGAGGUGAAGGAGUCUUUGCUGGCGGGAGAGUGGAAACCGAAUUCUGCACUCGUGAUGCUCAGUUUCCUCGAGGCAAAGGGUCUCCUUGGCAUUGAAGACAGGUUAGAGCUUCAUGCCCUCAAUAACAUCUAG